AUGACAGAAUCCCUGUUUGAAUUACCAGAUGAGGUGCUUGUUAAUGUACUGAUCCAUCUCAGUCCUUAUGACAUCAAAAACUUGUUUUCAAUUCGUACCAUCGCCCAAAGGUUUGGGAGUUUCUUGACCCUUUAUAAGGAUAGGAAAAAGGCACAAUUCUUUACAAAUGUUCCAUCAAAAUCAGAAUGUCAAGUUAAAAACCGUCAAAAUUUCACACAUGGACUUAUGAAACUUUUUGAAAUAACUACUAUGGAGAAUUUAGGGAGACAUCGAGAAAUUGGACUUCCUAUUGGGUUUAAUGAAGUUCCAAAGUUCUAUGUCUACUCCAGGAGUCCAGAAAUACCAAUUGAUAAGUGGAAGAAGUUUCUUGAAGAUAAAAUGCAGAAUAUCACGUUCUUUCCCACGAAGCCAAAUUACAUCUUAGUUGACUCAGUGGAGACUAUAUUUGUAAGGAAGCAAAAUAUUUCAAACCCAUCUGCUUUGUAUUUACCACGUAUCAAAAAUGUUUUCUUUCUUGAUUGUCAGCUUCUUGAUCAAUUUGAAAAAUUCAACUUCAAAAAAUUGUCAUUACUAAAUAUUGAAAUAAGAGGUGAGAAAGAUUUACAAAUUUUAAAAGCAUUUGAUUUUGAUCAAUGUUCAAUUGACCAAAUGUGCAUCUUCCCAAAUUGGAACAACAUUGAUAUUCACAUUAUAACUUCAGAAAUAUAA